GAGGUAUUACUGUGCCGACAUCACGACAGGUGUUGCAACUUGCUGGCUUCGCGGGCCUUAAGAAAGCCUCUAAUAGGCAAAGAAGAACAAAUUGCAAACAUCGGACCGUGAGGGCGGGCUGCUUGCUGAAUUCAAUUGUGUUGGCGGCUGCAGGUUGCCAGGAUGCUCCGCAGCAAAGUUAUGUCGCUCAGACUGUCAGACACUUACUUAUCACGCUUGAUACAACAAUACUUGAUACCGCAGACCUGUUUGGUUAGCGCAAAACCGCGACACUGCUCGAGAGCCUUCAGUUUUGUCUGCGAAUUUCUGCGGCGGGAAUAUGCAGACCGCGCUUCACAGUCGCUGCCAGCGGACCUGCAAGGCUGCUUCUAGCAGGCCUGGCAGCGCAAAGGUUCCCGUCUGCCGUGGCGCGAGCUUGACCCGCUCCGCCACAGCAACCCCCGCCGGGGCUCUGACGAACAAUGGAGCUUCUAUGGACUGGCAUUUGCAGAAGCUGAAGCAUGUGGUUGAUUCUGGUGACUUCAACCGCGCCGCGGUGGAUGUUGUGUUCAAGGAGGCUCUGAAGAUGGAGAAGGUCCGCCCGGGCUCGCCCGAGUCUCGCGUGCUCGAGGGCUACAUCAUGUCCACGCUAUUCUACGAGCCGUCGACCCGCACGCGCCUCUCGUUUGAGUCGGCGAUGAGCCGGCUGGGUGGCACGGUGCUUUCAACCGAAAGUGCCGGCGAGUACUCGUCGGCCGCUAAGGGCGAGACGCUCGAGGACACGGUUCGCACGGUGGAGGGCUACGCGGACUGCAUUGUGAUUCGGCACUCCCAGGAGGGCAGCGCCAAGCGCGCCGCCGCCGUGGCGUCCGUGCCCAUCCUCAACGCCGGCGACGGACCCGGCCAGCACCCCACCCAGGCUCUGCUGGACUUGUACACCAUCCAGCGCGAGAUUGGGCGGCUGGAGAACAUCAAGAUCGGCAUGGUGGGCGACCUGGCCAACGGCCGCACCGUGCGCAGCCUGUGCAUGUGCCUGUCCAUGUACCCGGGCGUGGAGGUCUUCUUCGUGGCGCCGGACGUGGUGCGCAUGCGCGACGACGUCAAGGAUUACCUGACCAAGCGCGGCGUCAAGUGGACGGAGGUGUCGGACCUGCGGGAGGUGGCGGGGCUGGUGGACGUGCUGUACCAGACCCGCAUCCAGCGCGAGCGCUUCACGGACAUGGACUCCUACAACGCCGCACGCGGCAAGUACAUCAUCGACAAGGAGCUGAUGAAGAUCCUGCAGCCGCACGCCGUGGUCAUGCACCCACUGCCGCGUGUGGACGAGAUCACCACGGACGUGGACUCGGACCCGCGCGCUGCCUACUUCCGCCAGGCUCGCAACGGCCUGUACGUGCGCAUGGCGCUGCUCAAGCUGUGCCUGGCCGACAAGAUGACCGCUGAUGACCUGAACAAGUAGAGACACACAAACAUGCAACACAUGCAACACAGAGGCAUGAAAGCGGCGGCUGACGGCCACGUCAGCUGGCUGGGCAUGGCAUUCUUUUCGGACAAAUAUUGUGUGGGGCCCGGUAGGCAUUGCGGGUGGGCCGCCGCGUGCGCUGCAUGCGCAUAGCAGAGCAGCAGGAAGGGGAAUCGGGAGGGGUGGGGCAAGGUGGGAGAGGAGCGCGCGGCGGAGCCCGUGGUGGCGGUCUGCGAUGUGAGGCAGGUGCAUGCUGCACGUGCAUGUUUACCCGAAAGGACUUGUCAGUACCGCGGGUAUGUAUGGUGACAAGGUUUUGAUGUCACGGUGGCGGGAGUCGACGUGUAUGUUUGUGUGUGUAUGUGCGCGUGUGCGGUUGGGAGGGUGCAGGGGAGCAAGCUGCAUGAUUCAUGUUUGCAGCGGAUACAGUAGUGAAGAUCCCCGACUCCGUUGGCAGAUUUAUGGCAAGAGCCACGGUUUCCCCACCGUAAGGGCAAGAUGCCCCCGCGGUGCCGUAGCGGAUGGCCAGUGACGGUCCGCUGGAGGGGUCUUGGCAAGGAUGCUGUGUGCAGCAAGGAGUUUUGACCUACCGUACGUUACUGGGGGGCAUAAAGUUUACGCUCACGGUAUGCGGCUUGGAACUGCCGACAAGAAAUGGCGGAUGGCAUGGAGCACAAUGCGACAUCCUACAGCGCCCUCCACGGGUGCGACAUGCCCCCACGGUAUUAGGGCCAUUCGUGGCUCUCGCCAACGCCGCGUCCCCACACGCCAAAAUUGUGUUGAGUUUGCGCCUAGGACAGACGACCACUCAGUACGGUGUAAGAGGGCUAGCGC